AACACUUUUUACAACUUUAGCCAUUGUAAAUAUAAAAUAGUUUAAAUAGGUACGACAAAUGAAUAAAAAACGCAAUGGUAACGAACACAACAACAGCACUUGCUUGACAGCAUAACGAAAAACGGCAAACAUGGCCGAACUGUUAUAUUAGUUCCAUUUAUCCUCGUGGGACUUCUUCCGUGACUCUAAAACAGUUUUAUGCAUAGGCAAAUACAUAAAUUUUGUAUUGUUUCGUAUGUAGUAACUACGUAGUUUUUUGGCGCAAUGAUGACCGGGAGACAGGUAUUUUCGGAAAAAGAAAAAUUCUGCCUACAAAGGCUUAUUUUUAAACAUAAACUUAAUUGUGCUGCCCGAAAUGGUGCAGGAAACAUGGCUGCUAAAAGAACAGCGUGGGCACGCUUAGCAGAAGAAUUUAAUUCUAUAGAAUCAAAUGCUAGGAGAUCUGAAGUUCAAUUAAAGAAAUGCUGGGACAAUAUGAAAACCAGGAGGAAACAGAGAUUGAUCCAAGAAAAAAGGGACCGGUUGAAGGGAGAACUGUCGAACUCAUUCACAAUACAGUCUCGAGAUGAUGAGGCACAUAAUGAUAUGACCGAUUUAAAGAUCCUAAUAAAAGGGGAUAAUGACAGAAUUAUGCCUUCCACACCUAAAGUGACUAACAUUCGGAGUCUAGCUGUUGAUGAGGACUUGAAAAUCAGAAAAGAACAUAACAUAUCCCAAAGACAUCAUGAGGAACUCAUUAAGUUAAGGAUAGCGGAGCAAGAGUGGGUUACUAAAGCUGCUGAAGAAAGAUAUCACAAGGCACGUCUAGAGAAAGAGCUAGCAGAACUCAGACUUGAGAAAGAAAAACGUAUAAAUAUAUGAUUAUCUUUAUUUAAAAAA